AACAGUUACUCCAUUUAGAUUCGUCCUGAGGAAUCAAGAUUCAAGAUUACGAUGGAAAGAAUGGACACCGGCUGGGGCUUUGCCGCACCUUUUUUUAACUCCGGCGGAAUGGCUAGGGCGGCGAAUUAUGCGCCGCCGGGGGGGGCGGCGAAUUAUGCGCCGCCGGGAGGGGCGGCGAAUUAUGCGCCGCCGGGAGGGGCGGCGAAUUAUGCGCCGCCGGGAGGGGCGGCGAAUUAUGUGCCGCCGGGAGGGGCGGCGAAUUAUGCGCCGCCGGGGGGGCGGCGAAUUAUGCGCCGCCGGGGGCGGCGAUGAUCCCAAAUCAGGCGAACAACCCUUGGGCCAACCCGGCGGCGAACCCGGCUACGGCGAACUACCCAAAUCCCCCGGCGAACUACCCAAAUCCCCCGGCGGCGAACUACCCAAAUCCCCCGGCGAACUACCCAAAUCCCCCGGCGGCGAACUACCCAAAUCCCCCGGCGAACUACCCAAAUCCCCCGGCGGCGAACUACCCAAAUCCCCCGGAGGCGAACUACCCAAAUCCCCCGGCGAACUACCCAAAUCCCCCGGCGGCGAACUACCCAAAUCCCCCGGCGAACUACCCAAAUCCCCCGGCGAACUACCCAAAUCCCCCGGCGGCGAACUACCCAAAUCCCCAGGCGAACUACCCAAAUCCCCCGGCGGCGAAUUAUGCGCCGCCCCCGAUCCCAAAUCAGGCUAACUACCCUUGGGCCAACCCGGCUAACCACCCCAAUCCGGCGAACUACCGCAAUCCGGCGAACUACCCCAGUCCGGCGAACUACCCAAAUCAUCAGGCGAACUACCCAAAUCAGGCAAACUACCCAAAUCAGGCAAACCGCCAGAACCACAACAUGGCUGCCCAGGAACCAGUAUUCGCUGUGAAUCACUACGGAGAGGUAUCUAAAAUUGUGCUGACAGGUAGGCCCUCCGUACAGAAAUUACAAGAUUCCGUGAUCUUUCGUAAGCCUUCUCUGAGAGGCAGUCGUCUGAAGUUUUUUUACAGGGAUGAGCAUCAAAAUAUGGUGCUCAUCGCAUGCGAUGACGAUUUAUUGAGUUGUAUUCGGUUUUGUCAAACCACCGAAGUAGAUCUCAUUCUAUGUUCUGUUUUUUAGAUACUGUGGUAUUGUUCUGUUGUUGUGGGAUUGUUCCUAUCGAUAAUCUGA